CAGAAAACAAACUGGAGGCUGUCUUGACUGCAAUGCUGGAAUUGGAGGCUGGCUUGACACCAGUGCGAAAAAGUAGUUCUGACUUCAAACUUCAUUUAAAAAUUAACUAAUUACUGUAUUCAGGCUUUAAUCCCAGGUUCUAAAAUACACCAAAAGUACCAACAUCCUCAAACAUUUAAGCUAACAUCAUCAGAAGAAGUUGAAAACACGGAAAUGGCUGCUGGAACAUCUGCGUCACUCUGCUGGUUCAUCUUUGUCGUCGCGUCUGUCUCUGCAGACCAGAAAAACAUCACAGCUGAGUCUGGACAGGACGUCACUCUGACAUGUCGAGCUCCAAACAACAACAUCAUUCUUUUUAAGUGGAGCAGAGCUGACCUGGGUAAAGCUUAUGUCCUUUAUUAUAAGGAUGGUCACUUUGAUUCAGCCAACCAGCAUCCAUCUUUUAAGAACCGGGUGGAUCUGCAGGACAGGCAGAUGAAGGAUGGAGACGUGUCUUUGAUUCUGAAGAAUGUGACGAUUAAUGACGCUGGAACAUACGAGUGUCGAGUCAUCCCACAAGUGAGAGAACCUCUGACUAUCAUCAGCAUCAUCUACCUUCAUGUUGUUCCUCCAGCUCAGACAGGAGGACACACAAAGGCUGGAGGGAAGGAGGCUGGAGGGAAGGAGGCUGGAGGGAAGGAGGCUGAACAGAGGGAAAAUGGAUCUGUUCCGCUGAAAGUUUGUCUGACAGUUUUUAGCAUGCUUCUUCUUGUUACUGUCGGUAGCAGCUUGUUUUGAAAUGUCCCAAAGAUUUACCAGAUUGACUCAGAGUCUCCUGUUGAGGUUCCAAAUUCUUGGUGUUGACACUGAAAUAUGAAAAUACAUUUAAUGUGACAGUAGAAAAGAAUGACAGACAUGACCAAUAUUGAACAUUCAGCAGGUAGAUGUCAAAUUUGUAGAUUUUGAUUUUAUUUUAAAUUUGUACAUGAUUAUCUCAAAAACAGAUAAGCUCUGUGAAUUAUAAAUAAUUUGUCUGAUGGUGUUUGAAAUUGAUUGGUCAGCUGAAUAAAGUCUGACAGGUUGCUAUUA